UCUGUUCAGUCUGCGAUUAGACUGUUUACUCUCCAUAGACCUAAACUGUGGAUAGACAUAAUAUACACACAUUUAGACACAAGGAAAACUCUUCCGGGAAUACAAAUGUAACACAUUUACCAAUCACAUACGGGUUUUUACAGAACCGCGAGUUACUGAACCGUGCAUCCCCGACGAAGUUUAGCAGUCAGUCCAAUUGGCUAUCUGCUUGGAAUGUGCUAGAAGUUUGGUUAAUCUUUGUUCUGUUGCGGAAACAAAACGGAUUGUCAGUGCUGUUGCUUCCACAAAAAAAAAGGUUAAAUGAGUAGAGAUAUCAUGUCACGUGUAGCAAAGAAAAGGCAGGCAGACCCCAAAGUGGUCCAGUACAUAUGGGCAGCCAUUGAAGUCAUCCGGAAUCAGAAACAAAUUGCAAACAUGGACAGAAUAUCCAAGUACUUGACGCGAGUCUUUGGCAUGCAUCCCAAAGAGACCACACGACAGCUGGGCCAGGCUGUGAAGGAUGGGCUGGUUGUGGAGACGCUGACCGUGGGCUGCAAGGGCUCCAAGGCCGGAAUCGAGCAGGAAGGAUAUUGGUUGCCUGGAGACGAGAUUGAGCAGGGGACUGAAGGCAGUAAGGCAAGAGCUGCUGAAUCCAGACAGAGCAGGUACAGGUACAGAUGCAUCCCUCCAGUACAACCACGAAAAGGAGCAAUGGAGUGGGAGUCAGAAAGCCACGACUGGUACUGCUUCGAGUGCCACCUCCCGGGAGACGUGCUGGCCUGCGACUCGUGCUUCCGGGUCUACCAUCUCAAAUGCAUGUCAGAAGAGUGGAAGCCGAGGGAGAGCAGCGCGCAUUGGCAUUGCACUGUCUGCAGGACUAGCAAAAAGAAGAGUUUUAAUAAACAGGAAAUGAGCAAAUACCUGCGGUUCAUUGUGCAGCGCAUGAAGGAGAGGGCAAUAGACUUGAAUAAAAAAGGGAAAGAUUGCAAGCAUCUGAUGUACAAAAGGCUGAUUCACACGCCGCUGGAUGUUUCAAACAUACAGGAGAAUGUCAAUGAAGGCAAAUAUAAAAGUUUUGAAGAGUUCAAAGCUGAUGCCAAGCUGAUUGUCCACAACACAGCGAUUCUGUACGGAGUUCACAGUGACCAGGCUGAAAGAGCAAGGCUGCUCUACAGUGACACAUGCCAUGAGCUGAAUGAACUGCAGCUCUGCAAAAACUGUUUCUAUUUGUCGAAUGCACGACCCGAUAGCUGGUUUUGCUACCCGUGUAUGCCGAAUCACGAAUUAGUUUGGGCCAAAAUGAAGGGGUUUGGAUACUGGCCAGCAAAAGUGUUACAAAGAGAAGACAAUCAAGUGGAUGUACGAUUCUUCGGGCACCAGCAUCAGAGGGCCUGGAUUCCCUCAGACAACAUUCAGGAUAUCAAAGUGAAUGUGCAGCAGCUGCAAGUGAAGCGCAGCAUGGGCUGGAAGAAGGCCUGUGACGAACUGCAGCUGCACCAGCGCUUCCUGCGAGAGGGGAGGCUCUGGAAAACCAAGCUGGAGGACAGACACGAGGAGGAGGCAGAGUCUGGCAUCUCCUCCACCAGCAACGAGCAGCUUAAGGUUACCCAAGAGCCCAAAGCAAAGAAAGGGCGUCGCAGCCAACAUUUGGAGCCCAAAGAAGAAGACCCAGAGCCUGAGAUUGAGGCAGUCAGCUCCAGUCAGGAGAUCCCCACAACGCAUCACCAGCCUGAAAAAGUUUCCAUCUCGACUCAGACCAAAAAAACAAGUGCCUCCUCCCCAAGAACACUGCCCCGGAGCACCCAGACCAACAACGAUGGCGUGUGCCAGAACAUGUGCCACGAGAAAUACACCAAAAUCUUCAACGACGUCAAAGAGAGGAUGAAAGCUGAUAACAAACGGGAGACUGAGCGAGUGCUACGAGAAGCCCUGGAAAAGCUCCGCACAGAUAUGGAGGAGGAGAAGCGGCAGGCCGUAAACAAGGCCGUGUCUAACAUGCAGGCAGAGAUGGACAGAAAGUGCAAGCAGGUCAAGGAGAAAUGCAAGGAGGAGCUGGUGGAGGAGAUCAAGAAAAUGGUCUCGCAGCACAAACAGCUGGUUUCUCAGACCAAGAAGAAGCAGUGGUGCUAUAACUGUGAGGAGGAGGCCAUGUAUCACUGCUGCUGGAACACCUCCUACUGCUCUAUUAAAUGCCAGCAGGAGCACUGGCACACGGAGCACAAACGCACCUGCCGCAGGAAGAGAUGAGGCUGCUCUCCUUUGUGGCAUCCUGUCAGUGACUCGCAUUAUUUUUAUCAACACAAAAUUGGGUAGUUUUCUUUUUCUGAAAUCUCAUUUGCACCAGCCUUUAAACACAUUGCGUACUGAAAACUUUUGCACAGUGAUCUUAUAUAUAUAUAUCAUUUUAUUUUCUUUGUGUAAAAUGCCCAAUAUUAUUGUUGUUAUUGUUAUAAUUGUUGUUUUUAAUAUGAAUAAUAUUAUUAUUUCCUCCAAUCACAGUUAGAUGUGAAGGGGCAUUAUAAAUGUGCUCAGAGAGGGAAAGUAUUUUUUUUUUCUGGAGUGCUAAUACUACCUUUGUUGGUGAAUGUGUUAUUUAAGUUUGUAGCAACUCGUUAGCAUUUACACGUUUUCAAUACGUUUUACUUCCUUACCUGAUUUUAUUUUGUUUGUUUUGUUUUAAAUCUCAUUUCUUACUAUGAAAGAAAAGUCGAGCUUAAAAACUAUGGAAACAAUCCUGUAGCAUAAUUGUUACAUUUUACAGAUUGCUUUAAUGUUUGAACUUUUUUAAAUAGUUUUUUUUUUAAAUACUGAUAUAGCUCUUAGAGGUUAAAACUGAUUGUCUCGCCCCUUCUCAGGUGAGUGGCAUUGUUAUUGGUUUCUAUCCAUUGGUUUCUAAUUGUGAGGGUAGAAUUAAAAUUAGGGAACAGGGUUAUCAUGGCAGCCAAUUGUUCAUUUAAACUUUUGGUUUAUCUGGUUGUCUUUUAAAUAUGCUGUAAUUUUUUAUAAAAAAUUUUAAAAAAAUUAAAAAAUCAAGAUUUGAUCUUCUAGGCUACAGAUCUGGGGAAUAUAGGAAUCUUUACUGAGCUGGAUCUUAGAGAAGGUUUAAAUAUGUACUUCUUGUUUUAAGGUCUGCACAUGUUGAUUAUUUUCCUAGCCCAAAUGCUUGUAAAAAUUGCCAAAUACUACCUUUUAUUGUAUCUGUCGAUGCGGACAAAGUGACAGUGUUUUUUUUUUGUUUGUUUUUUUCACAUCAGUGUCAUUGUUAUAUUGUGAUAUUAACACCGUUGAUUACAUUGUAGAGGACAAAUAAGCACUUCGUUUAACAGAUGCUGUUCACUGCUUCUAGUUAGUGGUUGGUACCUGUUUUUCAACUCCAUCAUUGUACACAGAAUGAAGAAAAGUGCAUGUUGAUUAAUGUUUCAAAAAUCAAAAAAAAAAAAAAAAGCGCGCUUGCUGAAUUUGUGGUUCAAGCAGCAGGACAGUAAGGAUGGACAAAUAUAAAAUAUGCAGAGCAAUCUCUGAUGAGUGAAGAUUAUGUGUAUUGAAAAGAUAUUUUAAACUGGUGACGUUGCUGUAGAUGAUGAUUGUGCAAAGUAAAACCACAAGCAAAGUGAAUUUUUCAAGCCUGGUGUUAAUUGCAUUCGUUUUAUCGUACUGCGGGGCCGGAUAUCUUCGGUUUCAGUAGAACUGUACCGAAACCAGCGCUGCCUCACUUCACACUGUACAAAUAUAACACAUAUUAAACAGGAACCACGAUCUGUCAAAAAAGGAUCCCGAUAAUUAGUGAAGAACAUAACCCCUGCUGUAUUCUUUUGACGGCAGAUUGGGUGAAAUCAAUCAAAAACUGUAAAAACAGAACCCAUUGUGGAUUAGAUUUAAAAGUAAUAAUAAUAAAAAUAAUAGUCACAGCUGAUGUUUUUGAUGCAGGAAACUAGCCCACUAACUCUCUGUUAAGACACUGCCAGCUGUGAGAGACCAUGCUGAUUUCAAACCAUGCCAAUAGCUACCCCUGUCAAUUAUCCACAGCACUACAUGUUAAUAGUAAGCAUAUAAUCACUUUGAUCUUGUAUUUUCAAUAUUACAGUGCAGGCCUGGAUUCAAUCAAAGUGCAUGGCGACGCCACACUGGAGCUAUAAUUUAUAAUAGCUGUGGCACCCCCAUAAUCCUGAUUGAAUUCAGGCCCCCAUUUGUAAUUAAACGUGUUCUAGAUAACUAUUUCAAUGAAACAUUUUAAAAUCUUAUCUUACAUAAAAGUAUAACAGAGCUGUUUCUUGAAAGCACAUACACAAACACUGCAUUUAAACCAAUGCUGCACAACGGCUGCCAUUAAUAGUUGUUUUUAUUUUUACUCAGAUUGCAAGUUGCUGAGUCAACAGUAGAAGGAAAUGUAUGUAAAGUCACAUGAACGAAUUAAAACACAAUGAAAUAUUUUAUAUCAGUCCAUCCCGAUAACAAACAACUGGGAUAUUUUCUUAAGUGGAAAUAUUUUUGGUGUAUAAUCAUUCCAGUCUGUAAUAUUUUUUGCUGGUAUCUGCAUGAAAAUAAGAUGUGUGUUUUCUGACUUUCACGUAUUAAUGACCUGGUUGCACUUCUUGAAAUGAUGCAAUAUCAAACAAUAUGGUAAAAAAAGGCUGUAAGGUGUUUGUUUUUUUUUUGUUGAGGGCCUAACUAAAAUAUCUUCAACAAGUUAAGCUAUAUCUGUUUAUAUGUAUACAUUUAUUGUGGCUGUCAGUUUUAUAUGCUUAUUUUGGCAUUUUUGUAAGAUGCUUCAGCUCUCUCUCUCUCUCUUUAUAUAUAUAUAUAUAUAUA